AGUCAUUUCACUUUUAUUUUCUCGGGUUGUAUGUGUUCCUUCUCUAUACGAUAUAUUUUUGCAAUCAGUCAUACGAACUACAGUAGUGGCCAUAUGUUCGCGUAUGCUAUGUCAAAACACUGACAAUUGCGAUCUAAAAUGGAAAAAGACGGGAAAGUGGCGAACUUUGAAUAAUAUAUUAUAUGAUAAAUGUUCUUUGUCGGCAUUAUUCACUGUCCAAUUUAGCUCCUGCAAUAUUUUAAAUGUUACGUAAUGUCUUGGAAACUAUUUUCCCUGCGAUUAAUACGGAAAUUGUGCCAAGCGAUCUYAUUCAUUUUCUUGACGUUGUUUUUCUUCGAUUUUCAGUUUAAGAAUUUAGAAGAAAACAUUUUUUACGCUUAUCUCGAGGCCUUUUAUCUGAAACUCACCAAUAUAGUUCCAGGAGUAAUGGUUUUUAUAAUGUGGACUGGAUCAUACCAUUCCGUGCACCUUACGUUGGGAACGAAAAGCGCAUAAAAAGCUGGAAUAAUUACCAAAUAAAUACCAAAUAUCGAUUAGCAGUAUAUUUUUUUUUAAAUGCAAUGACCGUUUAUUAGAAAACGUGCYAUGUGAUACGUAUUAGAUUUUUUUUAGAAGCAGUGUGUAUGUAUUCCUAUAUAGUAUUGUAUGCCUUUUUUGUUUGGUAUAUUCUUUAGUAGAGUUUUUAUUUGUAAUCUAGUUGUAAUAAAAUAACAAUACACGAAUGCAAUUAAAUGCGUAGUUCAAACAAUAACAUUUAUCAGCAAUUUCCAAAAGUAGACAUACUUCCUCGUACUGCCUCAUUGCGCUCAUUUAGGCUUCUUACCAGGUUCUCUUUCGCUCUGUGGAUGCUAAUUUAUCAUCAAAUCCGUGCUAAAUAUACAUGAAUAUCACUAUGAUUCAAUCUACAUAAUCCACGUAGCUUAGUGGGUUACAAUGAGCUUGGAUCAGUGAUCUGUACUAACUAUUAAUCAAUUCGAUUGCUUAACUACUAGCUGUCUAGUCUCUAGCGUGUGAAAAAAGCGUCUUUUAAUUGUGUAUCCUUUCCAUCAAUGCUCUGUUGAUUUACAAAGAAAAGGUAAAUAACCCGGCUAUAAAUCGUUUAAACACAGCCAACAACGUGAGAAGGUCGACUGGCGUGGAGCUAAAGUUGGCGCUGAUUUCAACCACUUCACAUGGGAAAGUACAACGUUUCAACUACUCGUUAACAUGGACUGAAAACUAAGUACUUUAGUUUUGUCCGCUUACGGAGCAUACUUCAGAUUUCGGUGGAUUACCUGCUGAGCUCUUUGUAAAACAUUCUGUCAUCUAGCCAGUAGAAAAACAGUACAGAGCAACGAUGGAUAAUGGUAUCACAGAGACUGCUAAAGAUAACAACCCAAAGAAUACUAGACUUCGUGUCAAUUUGAAUUUCCAAAAUCCUUUAAUUGGACUAAGGUCGACUAGGUUCAGCUUAACCGACAAGAUGGCAGAAUGUAAUAACAAUCUGAACGGACGAGAUCACCCAGAGACGAAGAACGGUAACGUUUCACUUAAAAAAGUUCAAUUUAAUGUCGACUUGGAGCAAAAUUACUCGAAUUUGAAAGCUUCUUUGAGCGAACGAAAUGCAGAGGUGAAGAAGCAACAGAUCGUAGGACCAACUGGGACGGUGAGAGGGUUUAAAAAUAUAAUCAAAGAACGACAAAUGAAUUUUGACAAAUUAAGUGAAUCAGAGGUCGAAACUGAAGAACAAGAAGAUGGAAUCGUGUUUUACUCAACGACUAUGGGAGGAAUUCGAUCUACAGUAGGAGACUGCAGAGUCAUAAGAAACAUCUUUGAAAACCACCGAUUAAAAGUUGACGAGAGAGAUAUAUUUAUGGAAAAGAAGUACCAAAUCGAGCUCGAUCGUCGCCUGAAAAUCGAAGGAGCCCAAGUCCCUCAAGUAUUUGUUAAUGGUGUAUGGCUCGGGGGCAAAAAGGAAAUUAUGGAGCUCAAUGAAACAGGACGACUCAUGAAACUUCUAUCUGAGUUUGAGGUAAGUACUAAUGACAAUUAUGUGAUCUUCUCCAAAGCGGCGCCCAAAAUACGCCGUAAUAUAUAA